CACUCUUUCCAAGCGCGCAGGACGUCGACUACCACCGCCAUCAUGUCUAAACGCACCUCAGCUCUCGAUUUCUCUGAUCGCGCUCCAUCCCCUCGCGAUCCCUUCCAGGACCAAAAUCCGUUCGUGGACCCUUCUCCAGACUACAACCAUUCAGGCGAUGCCCUCCCACGAGCACAGGUCCAGCGCAACAAGACAGAGCGAUACAGGCUGCAGGGCAUACAGAGAACCACCACCGCCAAUGGCGCAGCUGCAGCUGCAGACGCUCCUCGAACGUUUGGCCAGAAAUUCGACAUCUGGAUGAUCAACGAGGGUGGGAAGCGUCUCUUCUUCUUCUCUUGGAUAUUCUUCCAUCUCCUUGUUAUCGCUUUUGGCUCUCUCUACUACGGCACCAGCGACGACUUGACGACUGCACGAGCUACCUUUGGUGUCACCUAUCCCAUCGCCCGUGCUGCAGCACUGGUCCUCCACACAGAUGUCAUCUUCAUCCUCCUUCCCGUCUGUCGCAACUUCAUAUCACUUCUCCGUCGUACCCCCCUCAACCAGUUCAUCCCCUUCGACAAGAACAUCACGUUCCACAAAGCAACAGCAUGGUCCAUGGUCGUCUUCACCGUCAUCCACAUCGCCGCCCACAUGGUCAACUUUUACAAACUCGCCCUCGCCGACACCUCCGCCACCACCACCGGCCAACGCGUCGUCGCCUUCUUGGAGGCAAACUUCACGACAGGCCCCGGUGUCACGGGAUGGAUCAUGACCGCCUGUCUCUUCAUCAUGGUUUGGUUUGCGAUGGAGAAGCGUCGUCGGGCUCACUUUGAGUGGUUCUGGUACUCUCAUCACUUGUUCGUCAUCUACUUCUUGGGCUGGCAGCUGCACGGUAUGUGGUGCAUGAUUCAGCCUGACAGAGAGCCCUUCUGCUCCUGGAACUCUAUCGGUGUUUUCUGGCGCUACUGGCUUGUGGGUGGUUUCAUAUGGGUGUACGAACGUAUUCUCCGUGAAGUUCGUUCUCGACACAGGACGUACAUCUCCAAGGUCAUCCAGCAUCCAUCCAAGGUUGUGGAACUUCAGAUCAAGAAAGAGAAGACGACGACGAGGGCUGGUCAAUACAUUUUCCUGUCUUGCCCUGAAAUCUCAUACUUCCAGUGGCAUCCUUUCACUCUGACCAGCGCCCCAGAAGAAGACUACAUCUCAGUGCACAUCCGCGUCGUCGGCGAUUUCACGACCGCCCUCGCCAAAGCCGUCGGAUGUGAGUUUGAUUCUGAGAAGAGCAAGGACGGCGAUGUGUCGGGCGGGAAGGUGAUCGGGACGAACAUCAACCCGCCUCUGAACCGCAUCUUGCCGCGCGUGAUGGUGGACGGACCGUUUGGGAGUGCGAGUGAGGACUUUUUGAAUUAUGAGACUGUCCUCCUCGUUGGGGCUGGUAUCGGCGUCACGCCUUUUGCAUCAAUCCUCAAAUCUAUCUGGUACCGCAUGAACAGCCUUAACAACUCAAAGCCGACGAGACUCUCCAAAGUAUACUUCACCUGGGUCAUCCGCGACUUUGGCAGUGCAGAAUGGUUCCACUCCCUUCUUCAGGCUAUCGAGGAGCAGGACACGCAGAACAGGAUCGAGAUUAACAUUUACCUCACGGCGAAGAUCAAGGAGGACGAUAUGAACAAUAUCAUUGUACAAGAUGUGGGUGCUGAAAAAGACGCGAUCACUUCCCUGCGCGCGCCCACACACUUUGGAAGGCCGAACUGGGAUCGCGUGUUCGGCUCGAUCGUGGAUAAGCAUCCAGAGACUGACGUCGGUGUGUUCUUCUGCGGCCCGCCGGUACUGUCGAGACAGCUUCACCAGAUGUCGAACAAGUACUCGAAUCCCCUGAGCACGCGGUUCUUCUUCGGGAAGGAGAACUUUUGAAGGAUGUCAAUGUCAAUUCUUGCAUCGACUCCUUCCGUCCCCUGCUCGCUCACGUCCCGCAUACUAACUUAUAUGACGAGCUUGCUCCGCUCUUUUUUGGUGCCGCCCCCGCCUCCCGCCCGCUCGCUCCGUACUCUAUUGCUUUCGUAUUUCUCAAAUGUUGUGGCGAAAUUGGUAUUGGUUAUUCUGUAAAAUGGAUAGUGCUUUUUCAGUGCCAUUGUAGAUUUUUAUUUUAUCAUCGAUGUUUGGGCCUCCUGCAGGAGCGUCAGGUUGUGAAAUAUUUUUGCGAUCUUCGAGUUCAGACUCUGGGGACCGUUCAUGAUAGUACGC